AUGUCCCCUCCAGGUUCUCCAGCCGCCCAGUCAGACUCUGGAAUCGAGGUGGGGGAUCUUAGUAUUGGCGAUCUAGGGAAGAAACCUCCAGCAGGUUUGGAUGAAAGUGAUGACGAGUCGGAACACGAUCCUACCGAAACACCCUCGAAGCCCCCGACCUCCUCGACAUCUGGGUUUUCAGGGUUUGGAAAGUCCAGUGCCUUUGGGACUGCUACCACGGGCGGGGCCUUUGCUAUUAAACCCGCCACUGCGGGCGCAUUUGGCUCAUCCACCGGGGCGACACUCAGUGCUCCCAAGCCGGCGAGUGGGUUUGGCGCGUUUGGGACCAAGUCUGCGUCACCCUCGACUGGCUUCACCUUUGGUAGUGAGGCAAAGAACACCGAGAAAUCUACAUUCUCAUUUUCAGGCGGACCUGCUUUUGGAUCUUCGGCGUUUGGGUCCGGUGCAAGUGGAGGGUCGACACCUGCUUUUGGUUCGACCACGUUUGGAUCUAGUACGAGUGGGACGUCUAAGCCCGCUUUUGGAUCUACCGCCUUUGGAUCUACCGCUUUUGGCUCUACUGCCUUUGGAUCUGGUGCUAGCGAGAGCUCGACUGCACCUGCUGAUUCCGCACCGAAAAGCCCUCCUGCUGAUGAACAACAAGAGGCACUCUUCAAAUCGGCCAUGUCCUUCCUUGAUGGUGUAUUUGGGACUGCUAGCAAACCCACUAGUGCAUUCGGCGAUGCUCCGACCUUUGGUGCGACAUCUGCGCCUGCUUUUGGAGCUACCUCUGCUUUCGGGGCUGCAGCAAAACCUGCCGAUCCGAGCGCGCCAAAGGCCGGAGGCGGGUUUUCUGCGUUUGCGGCUCCCAAACCUGGUGAAUCGAAAAUUACUGGCGGGUUUGCUGGUUUUGGCGAUGCUGCAAAGAACAAGGGAGGUUUCUUGGGAUUCGGUGAUAAUGCCAAGAAGAAUAUUUUUGCUGAACCAGCGGAGCCCGAAGAGAAGAAAGAGGAGACCAAGCAAGAGUCGGCCCCAAAGAAGGACUCUGAAGAACCCAAGCCUGAGACUAAACCGGAGGCUAAACCAGAGACUAAACCAGAGACCCCCAAGAGUGCACCUGACAGCCUACCCGCCUCAUCCACCCCUCCAAAACCCAAUGCGCAAUCGAUAGAGGCCGCGAAACCUGCCAACGAGGCCCCGUCUAAAAUUCCGGUUCCCAAACCUAGUUUGCUUGACCGCCUAUCUCCGAGACCGGAACCCCAAGUACAAGCCGAACCCGAACCCCCUAAAUCAGAGAGCAGUACCCCUCCAGGAUCCCCAUCACCAUCAGCUUCACCUCCACCAGCGCCUCCCAAAUCUGCGCCUCCACCUACUCCAUCUCCGUUUGGUUUGAGCAAACCCGCUCUCAAACCAUUUGGCUCGGCCCCUCUCCGUAGCUCUCCGCUGGCUAGUCCCCCCGUGACCCGCGAGAAUGAACCAAAGCUUUCUAAUGAAGCGCCAAUCAAGGCCCCUGCGCUCACAUCCAAAGCUUCAUCCGAAAAUGUAGCCAAACCUGCCACCACUGGGUUCUUUGGAUUCGGAAAACCCCCAGCGACAGAGAAGAAGGAAACCAAGCCUGCUACUACAGAGAAGCCGUCAGGCUCAUUCUUGGGUGCAGCAAAAGGCGGGGCUGCGCCCUGCCAAGCCACCUUCUCUAUUUUCUGGGUCGACGGCAUUGCCUUCUCCGUUUUCUGCCCCCAAACCACCUGCUUCUACAUCACCAGCCCCAACAGCUGCUGCUCCCCCGGCGACAAAGCAUCGUUCUUUACUGCUCCUGCUGCUUCCUCGCCCAUCGCACCGGCCAGUCUGCCUUUCUCGGGUUUUGGAACGAAGCCAGGGCCAUCGCCCUCUUCCGUCGCCAGUUCGUCGCCUGCCCCAUCAUCGAUAUUUGGCCAACCUCCGGCUGCCAAGACACCGCCUGCGACAUCGACGCCACCUGCCUCUGCUCCUUCGUUUGGGUUUGCAAAUUUCAAGCCUCUUAGCUCAACUUCAGCUACUCCCCCUCCUCAGCCGAACCCUCGCCCUUAA